AUGCGGUAUAUCGAAGCAAUAGCACAAGACUGGGGCGUAUCGAAAGUAGAUAAGAAGUCCGAUACUGAUGACUCCGAUACGAAUCCUUAUCACCAUCUGGAGGAUGCUGUUCUUCCCAGUUUGGAUGAUUUGAAGUGUCGUUUUAGAGGUGUGGAGAUGUUUGGGCAUGAAAAAGUUGAUGCUGUCGCUAAGAGGGUUGAUCAUUGUUUUCGUAUCCCUGCCACUCCAACCGUGGGACAGUCGGAGCCUCUCACUGCUGAUCAGAGAAGAGCUCUGAGGACUAAAAUAAAACGACGUAGAAAAGAUGGCAUUGAAGCCGAUUUGAAAAAUCCAGAAUAA